UUUCCGCAAAUGGUGGGACUUUUGAGAAGUUGUUUUUUCAUUACGUCAUGAUUGCACCGACGACAGCGACAGAAAUAGACCACUGCAACCAUGAGAGUAUUAAAUAUUUUACUAUGCUGCAUCUGUAUGACGGAUGUCGUUAUUGGUUCGAUUGACACAAAACUGCGCUAUUACGAGACACUGAGGGAUGUUGACUUCAGUGUUCGCAAAAGGAGAAGUCUUGAUGAUGACCAGUCACAUGAUGUGCACGUCAAGUUUGACACACUCGGAAGACAUUUUGAUGUUAUGCUGAAGCCUGAUGCAUCAAUUUUCGCUGACGGUUUUAAGGCUCAGAUAUUGAACAAGGAUGGCAGUGGGUCUCCACUGUUUAUCAACAAGAACGACUUUUAUUCGGGUCACCUUGCAGAUAAUGUGUCCAACACGGUGAAGGCACAUGUGGAAGAUGGGGUUUGGAAUAUGGUUAUACACACAGAAGACGAUCUCUACGCCAUAGAGCCAUCAUGGCGGCAUCUGUCUGAAGCUGACCAGCGAUCCAUGAUAGCUUACAGACACUCUGACAUCAAGUGGGAUCACAGCUUUCCUCACUUGGCCAACCACAGUAAUAGACAGAAGCUGUGCCAGUCGAUUCACCUUGACCCUGAGCUAGAUGGAGGACAGGUGGAGAGUGAUGAAGAUUCAAGUACAAAUCACGAUCAUCAAAGAUCGAAACGUCAAACGUGGCGGAUGACGAAAAAUACUUGUAAACUUAUUGUCGUAGCAGAUUAUCGCUUUCACGAGACAAUAGGUGGAGGCUUUCCUCAUCGCACAGCUAAUUAUCUUAUCAGCUUGAUGAACAAGAUUGACAACAUAUACCGUGACACGCUCUGGAGCAACAAGACAGGCCUCAAGGGAUUUGGUUUCCAAAUACAAGAUUUACGGAUACAUGAAGCUGAAACGAUCGGAAAGCUUCAUUAUAAUAAUCCUAAAGACUGGGCCACUCGAGACUUGCUACAGGUGUUCAGCCAGGAUAUGUAUUUCUCGACUUUUUGUCUCGCUCAUCUCUUUACGUACCAGGCGUUUGAAGGUGGAAUUCUGGGAUUGGCUUACAUCGCGUCACCGCGACUGGGAACCAUUGGUGGCAUCUGUUCAUCCACAUACAAGAAAAACCGGAUCCGCCACACACUGAAUACGGGUUUCAGCAGCUCAAUGAACUCUGGGGGGAACCGUCUGCUCACACUUGAGUCAACUCUUGUCGCAGCUCAUGAACUAGGUCACAACUGGGGCAGUGAACACGAUGUUGAUAAUGGCGAGUGUGCCCCGUCUUCGUUCCACAACGGUAAAUACCUCAUGUAUCCUUACGCUGUCAACGGAUUUGAAGAAAAUAAUCUGUUGUUUUCACCAUGCAGCAGAAGAUAUGUUGGUGCUGUUAUUAAUGCUAAAGCAUACAAGUGUUUUUCAGCGAAGGUUGAGAAUAUACCGCUGUGUGGUAAUGGGAAGGUGGACCGGGGAGAAGACUGUGAUGGAGGGGAGCAGGCGAGGAAUGGUCUUGAUCCCUGCUGUACAUCCCAGUGCAGGUUUAGAGGAGGCGCUACCUGUAGUUCGAUGAACUACGAGUGCUGUGAGAAAUGUCAAAUGGCGAGUCAUGGAUUUCCGUGUCGUGGUGACAGCAAGUACAGCUGUGUCAAAGCUGCAGUGUGCAGUGGUACCAGCUUAGACUGUCCUAAACCUGAGCCGAAGAAUGACACCACACCAUGUCUCGAAGGAGGACAGUGUUUUGGAGGACUGUGUUUGUCAUACUGUGAGGUGAGAGACAGGAGUCUGAUAUCGUGUCAGUGUGAAGGUGAUGCUAAGCAAGCGUGCCGGCGAUGUUGUCGUAGUCGACGUCCGGGAAGUAAAUGUCAGCCAGAAGGAACAGCCAUACAGAUGAAAGGUCGGCCAUGUUACCUGGGAUUCUGCUCGGAGCAAGGCAUGUGUAUAAAACCAAAGUCGAAGUUGGUGGAGAGAUUAUUUGAUGUUAUAGAGAAACUUACUUCUAGUCAGCUUGUUGAGUUCAUGCGAAGUAACAUCGUUGGCACAGUGAUCGUGUUUUCCAUGGCAAUCUGGAUACCUGCCAGCUGGGCGUACAGUUGUGUGGAUAAACAAAGACAGAAGGUAGAACGUGAGAAUAAGCGUUGGAGGAGCAGAGAGAGCCAGGACCUUUUCUCCAGUCUUGAUGCAGCCUCGUGGACUAUAAAGUCAUCUCGCCGAAUUCGACUGAAUCGUCCGGGAAACCCCAUAGCACGACGUCAGCUGUCGCAGUCAAAUCCGUCACUAACACCUUCGAUGACGCACGAAACGUCCGUUUGACCGAUAGUUCAUUCCAGCUACCUGCUUACUGCCAUAGUCUGUAGUUGUCAUGUUUUACCUGUAUAAUCAAAUGUCAUUGUCUCUGCCUUUGUCAAGAAUAUCUUGAGGACCUAGAAUGGUUUCACAGCAUACUUUUUUUAUUUAUUUACAAGUGUCCUGUUUACCUUGAACCAUUGUUAGGUCUGCUUCCCAUUAAUGCUAUUUCUCGCAUGAUGUUAUUGAUAUAAUGCAUAUCUGAGCUCGACAUUAGCGGUAGGCAUGAUUUAGCUACCCAUUUGUUGCUUGGGCAACCAAAUGUCUAAACCCAGUAGUCCGUUGGGCUACUAGAUAUGUUUUGCACAUCCAAUUACUCUGCAAUCAACAAGACGCUUAAACAUCUAAAAAAAACCUCACCUAAAACAACAUGUAUAAAUAGAAGUACGUGAUUUUGCUCUUUUCUCUCUCUUUUUAAUUUAUUUUAAAUUAUGGGCCUACCAAUUAUUACUGAGGGCUACCAGAUUUUAUGACCUCCGAAUUCUCCGACCUCUAAAAAAAAUUACAGUCAGGGCCUGCAUAUACACAGUACCUUUGCCAUGCAUAUUUCCAUUCAGGAAGCUGAAAAAGAAUAGUUUGAUUAAAGACUGAAUUUUCCUCGCAAUGUUUUUCAGCACAGUGACAUCAUAUCAUGAAGUAUUUACUAGCAGCUUUUAAACGUACACUUUGAUGACAGCAUAUUGUGUGUACUAAUCUGCUUGUGAAAAUGCAGAUAUGGAAAUGCAUAAUAGCGUUAAUGGAAAGCAGGUCUUAUUCAUUUGAUUUCAACUUAUUUCCAUGCUUAUAUAUCCAAUUAAGGUUCAAGCACGCUGUCCUGGACACACACCUCGGCUAUCUGGGCUGUCUGUACAGGAUAGAGGGUUAGUGGUUAGUUGGUUAGUG